UAUUCGGCCCUGCAUACGUAUUUUUAGAGUUAUAAAAUCGUGUUCUAAACUAAUCUGACCAUUUUUAGCUUUUAAUAAUAUAAUAUACAACCGGGCCUCCAGACCACUUUAGUCCAUGGGAUUUCGGGAAAAGUGUCUUGACGACGCGACAGGUCUACCGCGCAUCUACGCUACUGCGUACUAUAAAUAUUUUUCGGUAAUUGAUGUAUUGAUGUUCAGUUUUAUUCGAUCAUUUCUAACCUCAUCCUGUCGUCGACCAUUUUAAGAGUGCAUCUACUCUAGUAUACUCUACUGAGUCUACUCAUUUACUCUGCGUCUCUAGCCUCGGCUCUACUAUUUACUUACCUCAAGUAAUUCAAUAUUUUUUAAUGACAAAAAAGGAUCAAUAAUUAAAAUGGAUACAACAAUAAAAGAAACCUCUAACAACAAUCAGACUAAUACUACAACAACUGAAGAUAGCUCGGACAGAAUAUUUAAUGAUGAUAUUGAGAAGCCAAAAAUAUCAUCCAGUACAUUAAUACAAAUUAAAAUGAAAACAAAUUUUAGUGAAAAUGCUUUUGACAUCGUUAUAAAUAAUAUCAAGGCAGAAAAUUCUUCUCUUUUUAAUGACGAAAAUAGUGAUUCAGAAGAUCCUAUCAAUAUACCUUCUAAACCUAUUGACACUAAAGAUAAAAAUCAACAACUAAAAGUAAUGUGUAAUGUAGCUUCUACAUUUAAUGAAAAGGAUGUAAAUAUUUCUAAAUCAAAUUCACAGGUACUUACAGAUCCAGAUCCAGAAUUAGUUGAGAGUAAAAUUACAAGGAUGCGUAGAAGUUCUGGUUCAACUGCAAUAACGCAGUUAUCAUCUAAAUCAACACCACAUAUUUGCCAAAAAUGUUGUUUAUGGUGUAAGAAAGCUUUUAGAGUACUUGACAAUCCUUUUCAUAUUAGUCAGUUUCGAAACAUUGACAAACAAAAUGAAUAUUUACAAAUUGAACCAACGUUAACUAUUGAUUCAUGCCUCUGUGAAUAUUGUUGGAAAUUUCUGGGAAAAACUUAUAGAUCCAAUAUGGCUGAAAAAAAAGCAAACAAUUCUGAAUCAUUUUUAGAAAAAAGGGCUAAACUGUUAGAACGAUAUCCUAAAAAAAAUACAUCCAAAAAUAAAUCUCAGUCAAGAAGAUGUUCAAUGUAUCGUUGCUCUAAAUAUCAUGUCCAUAAAGUGUCUGUAGAACAAUAUAAAACAAUUACACAAAUAUUAUCAACAUAUGAAUUUUAUAAUUUUGUUUUUGUCUCUUCUCUGAAAACAACUCCAGACUAUUUGAAGUAUCCCUUUUGUCUUUGCAGUGAAGAUUUAGCCAUAAUUAUUGUAAUAUCACAAUGUCAAAUAUGUGGUGAAAAUCUAAAAGAACCUUUCAACACUGAUGACUGGUUAAUGUAUGAUUCAUGGAAUUUGAAAUUGAUUAACAAUAAAAUUCCUUUAAUACUGCAAUCUGGUAUGUUCCUAUGUGUGACUUGUAAAAAACACCUUUCUACAGAAAGUGGUGCUUUUCCGUCUGUUUUCUUGCCAAAAUUAUUGAAUCAUAUCGACUUAAUGAAAUUACUGCGCUUAAAAGUUUUUGGACCACCACCAUAUAACUUAUUUAAUAUAUGUCAAGAUUUAACAUAUGUAGCAUCUCCUAUUGUUGUUCCUAAUAUGAUAAAACAAGAGAAACAAGAACAUGAUCAUUCAGAAAUAAAAGUUAGUUUUUCUAAUCCAUUGAUUACUGCAACUUAUCAUUUUGAAUAUGGCGAUGAUGAAAAUAAUACAGAAUCAAUAACAAGCACUGCAUUUUUUACACCAAAAUUAAAACCAAUAAAUGAAGAAUUUAAUCCUGUAAAACUUGAAGAAGAAAAUGUUCAAACUUGUAUAGCUAAUACAGACUCUAAUAUGAGUGGUACUGAAAUAACAAACUCAUUAAUUAAGAGCGUUGAUGAUAUAAAACCUGAAAUCUUACCUGAUCAAAAUUCUUCAGAAAAUUUAUCUGAAAAUAAUGCCUUUGAUGAUUUUUCUGAUAUUUCAACGAAUCAUGUUGUAACUACCAAUAUGGGUUAUAAUAAAGAUUUGGUACAAUUUCAUGUUAAAAAUCAAUUGAAAAAUUAUGAAGACACAAUAUGUAAAAGUGAAAAGAUUAAUCAAUAUUCAGGAAUUAUAAAUGUUAAUUCAUUUCAAAAUGAAUAUCAAGUUGAAAAUUUAGAAAUUGGUGAAAAGAAAUCAGAUUUUAUUGAUACAUAUUCGUGCCAAGUUAGUAAUAAACACAGAAAAAUAGCAAAUAAUCAAAGUAAGUUAAAAAUUACUGAUGUUUAUUCUGAACAAGAAACUAUAUGUAGUGCUGACCAACAUAAAAAUAGCACAGAUCUUGAAGAUAAUCAGUGUAUGAAUGUACUAAAUACAAUUAAUGAGCCACCUAAAGCCAUAGUUAAUCCUGUUUCGUUAAAGAGAAAAUGUACAAUUUCAAAUGAAAGUGUGAAAAAACAAAGACUGAAUGAAACCAACAGUUCCUAUGACAAUGAUUCCACAGGCAAUAAUACUUCCAGCAAUAAAAAUACUGCUCAUCUAAGUACAAAUUCAUCAUGUAUUUUGAAUACAAGUUCUGAUUAUAAGGAUAAACAUGUCCUAAAUUCUGACUUUAUUGGUGUUCAAGAUCUCCCAAGUAAUGUUGAUGAAGUAUUAUUAAUGCAACAUAGUAAUUCAAUGAAUACUAAUGUAGUAAAAACUGUUCUAUUAGACGAAGAUACAUCUGAUAUUGAAUCCUUCUCUUUAACAGAUUAUUCUGAAAGUAUAAUAUCUGAUACUAUUUUAUCAGAUUGUGAAGUGUUUUCUGAAAGUGAAUAUUCUCCUAAUACUUCAGAUCUAGAAGUAGAAGAAACAGAUUUUUUGGUUAUUUUGAAUAAUUUUGGAAUUAAAACAGGUAAUAGAUGUAUACCUGAUGGUAAAAAAUCAUCAGAUAGUAAAAUUUCGUCAAUUGAUAAAAAGGUAAUAGAAUUUAAAAAAAAUACACAUCUAUUAGAUAAACUAAAAGAUAUAAAUUGGGAAGUUGUGUGGUCUGAUAGUGAUUCUUCACUAGAUGAGUCUGAAUGUAUGGAUGAAAAAACAAUAGCUGAUGAUGAAAUUAAACCAAUAUCUGAUGACAAAGAAUCCCAAUGUAUAAUUAUAUCUGAUAAUGAAGAGGAGUUCAAAAAAAAAUCUACCUGCAAUAUUAUGUCUGAGAAAAAGAAUGCUAGAAUAGAAUGUGUGAUUAUAUCUGAUGAUGAAACUGAACCACUGCCUAAUGACAAGGAAUGCCAAUCUAUGAUUAUAUCAGAUGAUGAAGAGGAAUUAAAAAAAAAAUCUACCUGCAAUAUUAUGUCUGAGAAAAAGAAUGCUAGAAUAGAAUGUAUGAUUAUAUCUGAUGAUGAAACUGAACCACUGCCUAAUGACAAGGAAUGCCAAUCUAUGAUUAUAUCAGAUGAUGAAGAGGAAUUAAAAAAAAAAUCUACCUGCAAUAUUAUGUCUGAGAAAAAGAAUGCUAGAAUUGAAUGUAUGAUUAUAUCUGAUAAUGAAACUGAACCACUGCCUAAUGACAAGGAAUGCCAAUCUAUGAUUAUAUCAGAUGAUGAAGAGGAAUUCAAAAAAAAAUCUACCUGCAAUAUUAUGUCUGAGAAAAGGAAUGCUAGAAUAGAGUGUAUGAUUAUAUCUGAUGAUGAAACUGAACCACUGCCCAAUGACAAGGAAUGCCAAUCUAUGAUUAUAUCAGAUGAUGAAGAGGAAUUCAAAAAAAAAUCUACCUGCAAUAUUAUGUCUGAGAAAAAGAAUGCUAGAAUUGAAUGUAUGUUUAUAUCUGAUAAUGAAGAGGAAUUCGAUAAUAGAAUAUUAUCUACCUGCUGCAACAAGAAUAAGAUUGAUAGAAUAGAGUGUAUAAUAACUGCUGAUGGAAUUAAAUCACUGUCUGGUAUUAAAAAAUCCCAGCCUAUAAUUAUAUCUGAUAGUGAAGAAGAAUUCAAUAAUAUAAAAGUAUCAGAUAUUAUAACAAUAUCAGACAGUAAAAAUAUAGUUAAUCCACAAGCUUUAAAAACAUUUAAUACUAAUAAUUCAAUAAUUAAGUCUGGCUAUUUUGAAUUUCCAUGUUUAGAAAAUGUUGGUGAAUAUGGUGAUAAUGAACCUGACAAUCCACAAGAUUAUUUGGAAAGCGUGUAUGCAGCAAUAAAAUACUUUUUUACCGAAGUUGGUGAUCAAUCAAUGAAAAAUUUAUAUUCUCAAAUAGGCAAUGAAGCAGAGACACUUCUGUAUCUAAUGGAAAACUUACGAAUGCUUUACAGUGGGGAACUUGUUCUUUCUGAAAACGCUGCCCCCAUUGCUAAAGAAUUUUACGAUGAGCAAAUGGGAUCUUUAUAUCAUUAUUAUGGUGACCCUAAAAACAAUAUCAAUGCUUCAAAGCCAUAUAUACACCCAUCAUCACGUCUACAUCAGUACAGCAAACGAUUAUCGCCUACUGUUGAACCUCUUGUCAUCAAAGACAUUACAACUGCUAAUUCAACUAUCCAGAAUACUUCAAAUGUUUCAAUUGCUUCUCCAAAUUAUAUUGCAGCAGACAUGCGUUUAUCUAAAGUAGUAGAUAAAUGUUCUCCCAACAAAAUUACAAAAUCAUUUCCUUUACAUAUUCCAGUAUCCAAACCAAGAAAUAAUAUACCAGCUAAAAUUGUAUCCAUACCAAGAAAUAAUAAACCAACUAAAAUUGUAUCCAAAUCAAGAAAUAUACCAGCUAAAAUUGUAUCCAAACCAAGAAAUAAUAUACCAGCUAAAAUUGUAUCCAUACCAAGAAAUAAUAAACCAACUAAAAUUGUAUCCAAAUCAAGAAAUAUACCAGCUAAAAUUGUAUCCAAACCAAGAAAUAUACCAGCUAAAAUUGUAUCCAUACCAAGAAAUAAUAUACCAGCUAAAAUUGUAUCCAUACCAAGAAAUAAUAUACCAGCUAAAAUUGUAUCCAUACCAAGAAAUAAUAUACCAGCUAAAAUUAUAUCCAUACCAAGAAAUAAUAUACCAGCUAAAAUUGUAUCCAUACCAAGCAAUAAUAUUAUAUCCAUACCAAGCAAUAAUAUUGUAUCCAUACCAAGCAAUAAUAUUGUAUCCAUACCAAGCAAUAAUAUUGUAUCCAUACCAAGCAAUAAUAUUAUAUCCAUACCAAGCAAUAUUGUAUCCAUAUCAAGCAAUAAUGUUAUAUCUAUACCAAGCAAUAAUAUUGUAUCCAUACCAAGCAAUAAUAUUGAAUCCAUACCAAGCAAUAAUAUUAUAUCUAAAUCAAGAUCUAAUAACCUACCACCUUAUAUUGUAUCCAUACCAAGCAAUAAUAUUGUAUCCAUACCAAGCAAUAAUAUUAUAUCCAUACCAAGCAAUAAUAUUGUAUCCAUACCAAGCAAUAAUAUUAUAUCAGCUAAUAUAUCUAAAUCAAGAGAUAAUAACCCACCACCUUAUAUUGUAUCCAUACCAAGCAAUAAUAUUAUAUCAGCUAAUAUUGUAUCUAAGUCAAGGGAUAACAUUAUUGCAGCAACUAAUAUUGUUUCUAAGUUUUCAACAACCCCUACAACAUACACAAAGCCAUUAUCAAACAAUGUUUACUCAUGUAUACCAAAUAGUAAACCAACAUUAACACCAUCAUUUAACCAUCAAAGUGAAAUUAAAGUUCAAUUACCAUUUGCUAUUAAGGUAGCAAAACCCGAUAACACUAACGUUUGUUAUCAGCCCCGAUUCAUUCGGCCCCAAUUUCUUCGGCCGCCGCCACCGGCUAUUCCGCUGCCAACUGCAGUGAGAUCAUCACCCAUGCAAGUAAAUCUUCCAGUUCUCAAGCAAAAAAAACCAAGAUAAUGUAUAUUAUUAUAAAAAAUGAAUAAUACAUUUCAAAUGGUAUAGUUAAAUUUUAUUUUGAACUACAAUUAUUUUUCUUGUAAAUCAAUAAAUUAUGAAUUAAAUCACAACAUGCAUUUUUAAUUAUUAUGUAAGGUGAAUAAAUAAAUUAAAUUUAAACAUUGAAAAUA